GAGGAAGCUGCGCGGGAAGGGAUUCAGGCUGCAAUUUGGUCGCAGCUGGGGACUACAAUUCCCGUAGUGCUUCUUGCCCUAUUAGCUGGCGCUCCCGCCCGGUGACGGCAUGGUGCACUCUGGGAUUUGUAGUCUGUUACACGGCUUUGCGCUUCCUACCUGGAAGGUGGGCCAGUUAUCAGUGCCAGUUCAGAUGCAGGCUACAGCCGCUGGCCUGGUUGACCAUGGCUCUUUCUGUGGAGACCGAGUCGCACAUCUACCGAGCUCUACGCACUGCCUCUGGGGCUGCUGCCCAUCUUGUGGCCUUGGGCUUUACCAUCUUUGUGGCAGUGCUUGCCAGGCCUGGCUCCAGUCUGUUCUCCUGGCACCCCGUGCUCAUGUCUCUGGCUUUCUCUUUCCUGAUGACGGAGGCCCUGCUGGUGUUCUCUCCUGAGAGCUCGCUGCUGCGCUCCCUCUCGCGGAAAGGCCGAGCCCGCUGCCACUGGGUGCUACAGCUGCUGGCCCUGCUGUGUGCGCUGCUGGGCUUGGGCCUGGUCAUCCUCCACAAGGAACAGCUUGGCAAAGCCCACCUGGCCACCUGGCAUGGGCGGGCAGGGCUGCUCGCUGUGCUGUGGGCAGGGCUGCAGUGCUCAGGUGGGGUGGGGCUCCUCUACCCCAAACUGCUGCCCCGAUGGCCCCUGUCCAAGCUCAAGCUGUACCAUGCCACUUCUGGGCUAGUGGGCUACCUUCUGGGCAGUGCCAGCCUCUUGCUGGGCAUGUGCUCACUCUGGUUCACUGCCACAGUCACUGGUGGAGUCUGGUACCUGGCUGUGCUCUGCCCUGUUGUCACCAGCUUGGUCAUCAUGAACCAGGUGAGCAAUGCCUACCUUUACCGCAAAAGGAUUCAGCCGUGAGCUCUUCGCAGCCUCGAAGCCUGGACUUGCCCCUCAUGUAGGAGCUGGCGCUGGGACAUUGUGGACUCUCUCGACUGUCUAGGUCACAGGGACACCUCAGGCCCUGGGCACUCAGCGUCGGAGUCCUGUGUGUGGCAUUUGUGCUUGCUCCUCACACUGGAGUGCUCCUCCUCCCCCCUCUCUCUACCAUCCCAGAGGAGCUCACGGAUUGUGGGUUUGGAUGAAACUGGGGUUGCAAGAUUGCCUCCCCAGCAACUCAGCUCAUACUUGUAUUGGUAUGUCCAGAAAUUACAGGACAAAAAAAUUAAAAUAAAAAUUAAAAAAGA